UAAAAAAAAAAAAGACCGGAUAGCUCAUAAGCCACCAAAACUGAAGUCGCGAAAAGCAGAAAUCCGCCAUCUUGAUACUCCCUAAACAACCAUGCUGACCCGUAGCUGCGUUCAUCGCCUGUUUCGUGGCUGUGAGAAAACAUUCCACAGGCAGGAAACGGAAGUGAAUUGGAGCCGAGUGGGCAAACCAAAAAUGGCGAGCCAAGAGGAGUCUGUGCGGGAAUUCGUGGCGGUUACUGAUGUUGACGAGGAGAGGGCCCGCUUCUUUUUGGAGUCUGCCGGUUGGAAUUUACAGCUUGCGCUUGGUAGUUUCUUUGAAGAUGGAGCUGAUGAUGACAUCGUGUCACUGCCUCACCUCGAAGGAGGCACCUCAGUGUCCAGAUCUACAGGCCCAAGUUCUCAACACCGUGUGACGUCGUUCAGAGACUUGAUGCAUGAGGCGGAAGAAGAGAGUGAUGAAGAAGAAGGUCAAAGGUUCUUUGCAGGGGGAUCAGAGCGCAGUGGCCAGCAAAUCGUUGGGCCUCCGAAAAAAAAGAGUCCCAAUGAUGUGGUGGAAGAUCUUUUCAAAGGAGCCAGAGAACAUGGUGCUGUGCCUUUGGAGCGCAGUGGGAAGGGAGCAGGAGAAUCUAGCAGAGCGAAAGCCUUCGACGGAGGUGGAUACAGGCUAGGAGCAGCUCCUGAGGAGGAGUCGACAUAUGUUUCUUCUGGGAGACGUGACCCCAAUGCCCAACAGGAUGUACAUGUUGUGCUGAAACUGUGGAAGACAGGUUUCAGUCUGGAUGAAGGGGAACUCCGGAACUACAGCGAUCCUAGCAACGCUCACUUCCUCGAAGCAAUCCGUAGAGGGGAGAUUCCUUUAGAGCUAAGGCAGCGUUCUCGGGGGGGCCAGGUGAACCUGGACAUGGAGGACCACAGAGAUGAGGACUUCACCAAACCCAAAAUGGCCUUCAGAGCCUUUGGAGGAGAGGGUCAAAAACUAGGAAGUGCUGCUCCACAGUUGGUUUCAGCCCCUGCCACUUCCCAGCAGGACCAGGCGGCAAACGAAGCCCAGGCCAGGGCUUCUGUGAGCCUGGACACCUCCCAACCUGUCACUAACAUUCAGAUCCGACUGGCAGAUGGUGGCAGGCUGGUUCAAAAGUUCAAUCAUACCCACAGGGUGUCUGACCUGCGCCAGUUUGUGGUAGCAGCCCGGCCCACCAUGGCUGCCAGGGCGUUCAUCCUGAUGACCACCUUCCCCAACAAGGAGCUGUCGGACGAGAGCCAGACGCUUCAGCAAGCCAACCUCCUCAAUGCCGUCAUUGUGCAGCGGCUACAAUGAGGGCGGAGGCGAAGACACCCGCUCAACCCUGAGCGGCCAUCUUUCUUCCCUUGAAGCCUGGUGUCCCUCCUUCCUUGAGGAGGAGGAGAGACAGACUUCUGUUUGGACCUCUUAUUUUUCAUUUUUGUUUUCUAAAACAAAAUACCCCUAGCAUUUGAUCAUUCAUCCACGCUGACGGCAGAAGAAGAGAAUUUGCGGUUAAUCAAGCUUUGAUACCUACAUGGUGAUCAGUAAAGUAUCAGUCUUAUUUUGUUCUCAAUUCUUGAUGGGAGUAUAUCGUGGUUCUUGUUACUUAUCUGGAACAAUCCAACAAAUAUCUGUAGCCUUCCACUUUCAAGACCCUUAACGACAACAAUGUCCCAUUUGGUUGACAUUAGUGAUGUUAGCCCUCCCACAGUCCUUUCUUGAAUUACCAGAUAUGAUUAUCCCAGCAAUACUGCAGGGUUUUGUUUUUGUGUGGCAUCACCAAUAGUUGUUUUAUAAUUAAUACAAACUGAUGAUUGAGUAACAAGAGAACAUAAUGUAGAUUGUAAACUAGUUUGUAGCUGUGGAAGGUGGAUAUGUUCUAUGCAUCCUGGGGCAACAUGGAAAUAUGUAUGGACCUCUGAGAAAAUAAACCCAUUUUAUGGUCAAUUUACAAAGAAGCGAGGGUUGUGUUUUCCAUAUUUUUGGGAAAUACUCGGUGAUAACUGGAAAUUGUAUGACUUGAAAUAAAUGCCACUGUAUUUUGGAUUCAUCUCA